CUUCCAUGUGGUGGACAAUUUACUGUGUUCAGGAAUACUCUUGUCCUUUGCUACAAGGAAAAAUCGGAUUCCUAACGUGAGCUUUCACCAAAAAUGGCUGGGGCAGAACUUCAGAUUGUGACUUCAACUAGACACUGAGAGGAUUUCAGCUCUUACUAAGCAUACCACUUUAUUAUUGAAAAAUGAAUUUGAAUAGGUUUACUGACACCAACCUACGGUGGAACUAAAAGGCAGAAACAAAGUUCCCACGGAGCCAUUUCACAUCCGUGCCAUUUACUAGCUAGCCUCCUCCAGCAGUCUGUUUAGUUCUUUGGUCGCCGUGUGUGUUUGAUGAGGUGUGGAGGAAAGAGGAGAUGUGGUCCUUUUUUGCCAGGGAUCCUGUCAAAGACUUUGCCUAUGAAAUUCUUCCAGACACCCAAGAAAAGUCUGGAAUAUGGACUCUACAUCGGGGGAAGCGAAAGACCAGUGGAGAGCCGGUGUCUGUGUUUGUGUACGAGGUAGCACAGGGUACAGAGCAGCAGACCCAGCUGGCCAAGGCUGCCUUCAAGCGCAUGAAGACCCUGCGUCACCCCAACAUCCUGGCCUAUGUGGAUGGAUUAGAGACAGAGAAAAGCCUGUACCUGGUUACUGAGCAGGUGACACCCCUGGCAGUCCACCUGAAGGCCCAGGCAGAGAAGGGUGGUGCCGGGGAACUGGAGAUCUCCUGGGGACUGCACCAGAUAGUGAAAGCUCUGAGUUUCCUGGUCAAUGACUGCCACCUGCUCCAUAACAAUUUGGGUGUAUCGGCUGUUUUUGUGGAUCGAGCUGGAGAGUGGAAGCUAGGGGCCCUUGACCAUGUGGCCCCUGAGCAGGGCGACCCAAGCGGGGUUUCACUCCCCACCCCGAAGGCAGUUUACCCAGAUAUGGAAAAGUAUGACCCACCAGAGACGUCCAGCAGCAAUGGAGAUAAAUGGGCAGGGGAGGUGUGGCGGCUAGGCUGCCUGAUCUGGGAAGUGUUCAAUGGGCCACUACCUCGCACUUCCUCCCUGCGUUCACUGGGAAAGAUCCCCAAGGCCCUGGUCCCUCAUUACUGUGAGCUGGUGGGGGCCAACCCCCGGGCGCGGCCCAACCCAGCCCGGUUUCUCCAGAACUGUAGAGCCCCUGGGGGAUUCCUCAGCAACAGCUUUGUGGAGAGCAACCUUUUCCUGGAGGAGAUACAGAUCAAGGAGCCCGCCGAGAAGCAGCAGUUCUUCCAGGAUCUGAGUGAAAAUCUGGACUCCUUCCCCGAAGACUUCUGUAAACACAAGGUCCUGCCCCAGCUGCUCACUGCUUUUGAGUUUGGCAACGCGGGCGCUGUUGUCCUCACACCGCUCUUCAAGGUAGGGAAGUUCCUUUCCGCCGAAGAAUACCAACAGAAGAUCAUCCCUGUCAUUGUGAAGAUGUUUUCCUCCACAGACCGAGCCAUGAGGAUACGACUGCUGCAGCAGAUGGAGCAGUUCAUUCAAUAUCUAAAUGAGGCAGCAGUCAACUCCCAGAUUUUUCCUCACGUUGUUCACGGCUUCACAGAUACCAACCCCGCCAUCAGAGAACAGACUGUUAAGUCGAUGUUGCUGCUGGCUCCCAAACUGAAUGAGACCAAUCUGAACCAGGAGCUCAUGCGUCACUUUGCCCGGCUGCAGGCCAGAGACGAACAAGGCCCGAUCCGGUGCAACACCACUGUCUGCCUGGGCAAGAUCGCCUCUUACCUCAACGCCGGGACUCGACAGCGUGUUCUGAUUUCUGCCUUCUCACGAGCCACUAAAGAUCCCUUCCCAGCUUCGCGCUCCGCUGGUGUGCUGGGCUUCGCCGCCACACACAACUACUACAGCGUAACGGAGAGCGCUGCCCGCAUCCUCCCCACCCUCUGUGCCAUUACUGUUGACCCCGAUAAGAGUGUCAGGGACCAGGCAUUCAAAGCCAUCAAGAGUUUCCUUUCCAAGCUGGAGACUGUGUCAGAAGACCCCAACAAGCUGGCUGAUAUAGAGAAGGAUGUAGCGUCAUGUGCACAAGCUGCAGGUGCUUCUUCCAGCUGGGCCGGCUGGGCCGUAACCGGCAUGUCCUCGAUAACUUCUAAGCUGAUCCGCAAUGCUCCAGGGACAGAAGGGGGUGCAGCAGCUGAGGGCGGCGGGCCCACCAACACCACAAGCCCUACUAGUGCCACCAGCGCAGAACCUGCACCUGGUUCUGAAGAUAAAACUCCACAGGACUCCCUGAGUCACCAUGCCGCCACUAGUCGCGCCAACCAAUCACAGACUCUUGAAGGAACUGACAAUGAUGAUGAGCCAAUAGCAGACCGCUGGGAUGACGAGGAGGACUGGGGAAGUUUGGAGGAUCCAGAGAAAGCUCACACAGAGCCGGAGGACUGGAACAGUGACUGGUCAGGAAUGGCAUCAUCCAAAAAGAAGGCCAGUGACAGAGGAGUGGGCCGAUCGUCCUCUUCCAUGACAGCGAAAAAGCAGAGCUCUGACUGGAGCAGCUCAGGCUGGGACGCCGAUGACAGCUGGUCCAACGAGAAGGAAGGCCAGGGUCAGAGCUCUGCAGGCGAGGAGGGCUGGGGCAACGAUUGGGGGGACGAGGAGACGGACACAACCUUGGCCGACAAGACGCUCCCCCUGCCCGAAGGGGUACGGUUAGCCAGCGAGUACAACUGGGACACCAGCGGCACAUUGAAGGGAGCCGGCCAGAACGACCUGUUCGCCUCGGUGUCCCAGAGAAACACAGCCAGCACUGCUGCCACCACGGCUGGAGAUGGCUGGGGUGCAGAGGCAACAGGAGACUGGGGAACUGAGGAGAGCUGGGAGUCAGUGGAAGGAAGCCAGGGUCUCAGCAAGGCGGAGCUGUCCAAGAAGAAACGUGAGGACAGGAGGAAAGAGCUGGAGGCGAAACGGGCAGAGCGCAAAGCUGCUAAAGGUCCUCUCAAACUGGGCGCACGCAAGCUGGACUGAUGAGGGAGGAAAGAAAGAGAUGAGGGUGAGGAUGUAGAGGGAGGGACAUGGACCGCAGUCACUGAUCCCAGAGCAGUGGACGGAGGCUCGACAUUCCACAAGUAAAGGACCAGAAAGAAGUGUUAGCAGUGAAUACUGUGAAAAGUUGCUAGAAUGGAGGUUUGUUGGUUGAGCAGAGGAAAUACUUCUGCUGAACAGAUGACUCUCUGCCUUUAAGGAACCGACAGAUGGGUGGAAAAGCAACAAUUCAGUGCUUUAUAAAUGCAAUGUUGUGGAUGGAAGAGAUAAAACAAAGGAAAACAAAACCCAGAGAGACAUGAAGCAGCAGCACAGAGCAGCACUCCUUCCAGCAGAAGCGAUUUAACAAAAUGUCCUACUGUUUUGUUUUUUUCAUAACUCUUAAAGUUGCAGUUGUAAAGUAAAUGUAUAUAAAUGGUGCAUCUUGUCUUACAACGACAUAAACGAAUAACACCUUUUUAAAAAAAAA